CACCCCCCUCCUUUUUGUUGCUGCCGCAGCCGCCGAGUGUCAGUUUCAGCGCCGCUGCCUGCGGUUUCCCAGGCCCGAACCAGCCCACUGCCCGCCGCCCGCGCCCGCGUCCGCGUCCGAGCCCCGCCGCGCGCCCGAGCCCUCCCAGCGCGCCCAGGCCCCAGCCGGCGCCACCCGGGUCCCCGCUCCGCAGCCGCGCGCGCAGAUGGCGCACUCGGCGGCCGCCGUGUCGCUGGGCGCGCUGGAGCAGGGCUGCCCCAUCCGCGUGGAGCACGACCGCCGGCGCCGCCAGUUCACCGUCCGGCUCAACGGAUGUCAUGACCGGGCCGUCCUACUCUAUGAGUAUGUGGGCAAGCGGAUCGUGGACCUGCAGCACACCGAGGUCCCAGAUGCCUACCGUGGGCGUGGCAUUGCCAAGCACCUUGCCAAGGCCGCCCUGGACUUCGUGGUGGAGGAGGACCUGAAGGCCCAUCUCACCUGCUGGUACAUCCAGAAGUACGUCAAGGAGAACCCCCUGCCACAGUACCUGGAGCGCCUGCAGCCGUAACCCUGGCCCGCAGGCGGGAGCGCUCCCUGCCGGACCCUUCAUCGUGCUCUCAGGAACCUGCUCCCACUGGGAACAGACUCAGAGUUAUUUUUGUAAGAACACUUUUCUGUGCCCCAUAUCCAGAUUUCUGGAGGCGGCUGACCAAUGCUGGGCAGUGACCCGGUCACCUAGGCGGAGAGGAGGCCGGGUAGUCCCCACAGCUCCCACUCUGCAGAGACCAGCAGCUUUCUUGGGAGGCCUGCGGGGAGCACAUCGGGGCUAGAGCCAGCCUGCAUCCCACCCACCAGGCUCCACUCAGAGAUCAGGAGGUCCAAGGCGAGACCCCUGCUGCCACCUCUCCCGGGCCUGUGUUCUUUCUGGAAGUUACAGGGGUGCGCCCCGGAGUCGAGGAGCAAUAAGAAACCUCAUGUGCCAGCUUCUGAGGGUGGCAAUGCCAGACCCUGCCUGUUACCAGCAGUGCCCUCUUCCUUUCUCAGACCCCAGGCCUCGUGCAGGCAGGCCCCAGAAAGGGCCAGUUCUCCCUGACAGAGACCAGAAGAGUAAAGGACUGAGCGCUAGGCCAGGCUCAGCCACACGUGCAAUUCACACCUGUGAACACACACAAAUGCAUAGGAUGCAGCCUGUGGGUGGGCCGGUGGCAGGUCCCAUGGGUGUUUUCCUCCCCUUUUUACCCCCAUAUUUUUUUCUGGCCUCUUGUGUAUAGGUUCUGUGGGAUACCAAGGCCCCGUCCCCAUGGGCUGCUGUCCCCUAUGCCCCUGUCUGCUGGGAGCAGCUCCAAGGGGGCCUGAGCAGCUGCAGUCCCACCCCUUGCUGGCCUUUGCCACCUGCCUGGGCCUUCUCCAAGGAGAUGCCUUGGAGCUGAGGGUUGGAGAGAGGCGAACUGUUCUCCAGAAACCACCCUCAGCAUCAAAGAGGAAGAAAAAUAGCAGCCGCAGGGAUUUCUGUGCACUGCCAGUCAGCAGUGUCCCUUCAUGGCUGCGCAUAGCCAGACACACACUGCUGCCCAUCCAGCCCGGGCUCCUCCCCCACCCAGCCUUCCUGGGUGCAGCCUGGGAGACACACCAGUGUGAUUUGGUGGGACCAGCCCUUCUGGGGCACUCUGGCUUCCCCUGGGGCUGGCUCAGGUCCUGCCCUCUUGUGUCAGCUUUAACAAGGGUCACAUUCAGCCCUGUUCCCCUGGGGGCUGGAGGGCCACCCUGUAGCCAGGGGCCCUUAGGGCUGAGACAUUUGUCAGUCAACACCACAUCCCUGGAGGUGACACAUCCCCACCAGGCUUCUGGUGGUGUCAGGCUGGGCUCUGGGCAGCACAGGGAGAGGUUGGUCAGGACCCCGGGACCCUGAUGCCUUCCUCCUCCAUUCAGGGGCGCUGGUUGCCAUGGUGACUCCUCCCUCUGACUCACGCAGGCGCUGGCUGCCCUGUGUUUGUGUUUUCCAUUCACCUCCUUGCUACCCCCAGUCUUGGCACUGAGACACCUCGCGUUCCUUCUCCAACCACAGCAGCUCAGGCCUUCCUGCCAGGCCGCAGGACCAUGGAAAUCUGCAUGUGCUCCCUGCAGAUGGGGGUCCCCAAGCCCCAGUCUCCUUGAAACCCCUGCCGUGAGUCACAGUGAGGACCAGUAGGGGUCACCAUCCUGAGCAGCCCCCCCAUCCCUGCCCCUUGCCCUGUGGCAUGUGCUCCUGCCCUGGUCUCCAGGAAGUCAACUCUGUUUGCAAAGGGUUUGUGUGAGAUAUCAGAGAAGGCACUGGGCCUCCAGGGAGACACAGCUGGCAGGAGGUGGGCUCAGCUGCUCUCAGUCCCCUUCAAGGCUAGGGGUGGCCCAUUGCUGGCAGAGUGUAAGGAAAGAACAGGUUGUAGGCACAGAGGAUGGGCAGCCAGGCCUGGGCCUUCCCCUUGCUGUCCUGGGGCAGCUGGGCUGGGGGCCACCUUUCUAUCCUCAUGUCCCUCCCCAAGGUUGAGCACAUACUCCAUCACGACCAUGGGGGGCCUCAGUGAGCUGGGGCUGUCCCUGUGGCCUCCAGGCCAUCCACAGGCAGAUCCCCUGCAGUGGUAGCACGGGGAGCCCUCACAGGAGGCCCUGAGGGCAGCAUGGAUGUUGAGGACCAGGAGGGAAUGGGCCUGGCCCACCCUGUUCCUGCUCCAACCGGAUUCCUCCCCCAUGUUCAAGCAGGUGACUGCAUUUAUCCAGCCCACAACACGCUUAUACUUGAACCAGGAGGCAUGGGGUCAUGGAGGCCUGCACAGGCCAUGUGCCCAGGAACCUUUCUGAGGAGACCUGAUCCAAGCUCCCUCACUUACGACCUGGGCCUCCUUGCCUUGGGCUGCCUUAAAGCACUGCUGACUCACACCAGGGGCCCGGCAGGACUUUGUGGGGCCUGGCCCGAGGUCUCCAGCAGAGCAAUAACCACAUCUCCCCAGGUUGGGUCACCAUAGACACCCCACCCCAGAGCCCCCAGCCCAUCCCAUCUGGUGCUACACUGCCUGGCAGCGCAGCUUCACCCCUCCCUGUCCUGGGUCACCUGGGAGUCCUUGGUGAGGAUGCUGCCACAUGGGGCUGGUUUAUGCAGCUGGGUGAGAGCCAGGGUGGGGCAGGGGGUGUUUGGGGGCGUUGAGGUCUCCCACAGAGCUGCUCUCCUGUCCUCACCCUGUGGGGUUCUCUUUCUUGCCAGGUUAAAAUAGGCAGUGACUUGUGCCUUCCCUCCUCAGGCCCGUGGCAGGGUGUGGGCCCAGCUGGCUCCUGGACCACCCCCUUCCUCACUGCAAGCUCCUCCACUGGUCUCAAAGGAACGCUUCCAUAAAAGGUGUGGCUUGGUGUGUAGUGCUGUCCCCACACUGUCCCUCCUCCCAAAGCAACCUGCUCAUCAGCCCCAGCCUUAAACUGGUGGGGAGGAGGAGGCAGACUUACCUCCCUGGUGUCUGGCCUCUUCUCAGUUGGUCCUCCAGCACAGCCUUCACUGGAGGGCAAGACCCUGAGUGGCACUGGGGCUUGGCUGAGGUCCUCCGGCAGGAUAACGGUGACCUCAGGACCCCAGGCCCCACACCACAGUUCCCGACCACCACCAGGUAUAAAAUGCACCCGGAGGCCACAGCCCAGCUCUGAAGCAGCCUGGCUUUGUGGGGUUUCCUAGGAAUGGGUAGUGAUGCCACCUAUAAGAUUCGCGGUGCUGUAAGAAGUUGCUGUGGUUGGGAUUCCCGGUCCAGUGCAGGGAGGUGAGGCCCAACCUCGUGCUGACACAUACCCAUCAGGGAAAGCUGGGGCCAAUAUUUCUAAAACAAGUGAAAAUUGUGUGCUGUGCCCAGGGCCACAUCUCAUUCUGCCCCAGCUCCUGAGGGAAGGGACAGCUCGUUUCCACUCGGGGUUACAUGGCUGCCCGAAAGGACAGAAACAGCCAGGCCUGUUGGAAUCUUACUCCGCUUCGUUUUCACAGCAGCCCUGAGACAUGCCCAUUAUUAGGCCCAUUGGAUGGAUGGGACUGAGGCUCAGUCAGGGGUCACAGGCCAAAGCCCAUGCUGAUCCAAGGGCCCAGCAUCCAGCUCAGCUCCGGUCCUCUUGGUGGCGUGGAGCUUGUGUGAUAAGAGUUCUCACAUCUGCCUGUGGUGACAGGUGGCCUUGAAAGCAAUAAACAAAACUUCCAGCAACUUUGCCACUCAAUUGCAUGGUUGUGGCAGGUCCUGCCUCGACCCAUAAGGCGAGCAGCUAAUCAGGAGUGCCAGGCUGGUGUGGGGAAGGCUGGAUCACAUGUGAAGCCGGGGUCGUAAGCAGGAAUAUUCAUGGAGCCCCUGACCAUAUACUCACGCCGCUCUUCCUCAGUUCAGGGUUCUUGGAUUUGCUGAAGUCCACCCAAAUAUCCUAUGAUUCUCAGGGUCCCACUCCUUCCAGAUCAAUGCCCUAAAUGUUCUGUAAGAGUUCUGGCGAGGCUGUGAAUUCAGCUUGCAUCGUAACUGCAACCUGCAGGGUCAGAUUUAGGGUUUUCAGUUGUAUCAGUCUUAGAGCUACAUGAUAUUAAAGAGAUUUUUCUCGUUAUCAAA